AUGGCGACCGAUCGCAAUAGAGGAGCAUUAAUCAUUAUUGAAGGUGGCGAUCGAACUGGUAAAUCGACCCAAUCCAAAAUGCUGGUCGAUGCCCUUCUUGCUGAUGGCAAACAAGCAGAAUUAGUCAAAUUUCCAGAUCGUACCACACCUAUCGGCAAAUUAGCAGGUAGCUACUUGCAGAAAACUCUCGAUUUGGAAGAUCAUGCCAUCCACUUGAUCUUUUCGGCUAAUCGAUGGGAGAAAGUGCCAAGCAUCAUUGAACGCUUAGAAAAUGGCAUAACUCUAGUAGUCGAUCGCUACGCCUUUUCUGGUGUUGCUUACACAUCUGCUAAAAGGGGUUUUGAUAUUGAAUGGUGCAAGCAAAGUGAUACUGGAAUCCCCGCACCUGAUUUGGUCAUUUAUUUAACCUUGCCAGUUGAUCAGGCGACCUCACGCGACCAGUAUGGGACAGAACGAUACGAAAGUACGCAAUUUCAAAAACGUGCGGUUGAAAACUUUGAAAAGUUAAUGACGAAAAACUGGACGACCUUGGAUGCCAGUCAGUCCAUAGAUGCCAUUCAUCAACAAAUGAAAGAUUUGACUACGGAAAUUAUGCAGCAAGUUGGAACUCGGUCUAUAGAAAAGCUCUGGGUAUGA